CUGCUCUCGAGAUACCUGCUUUGGUGUUGCGGUGCCUGCCUUCGCCCAGCUCAGGCUGUUUCUGAUGCUUGGAAGCUAUCCUUUCAUCCACAAAGAUGGUAAUAAAUCUUUGCCUUCCACAGUUCAGGCCAAGAAUUCACUGCAACAAGAUAUCAGCUGAUGGUUACGAAGUAGAAAAUCUCAUCUCUGAAGACCUCACAAAGAGAAGUCAUGGUUUUAGGACAGAGUAUUUCAUUAAGCCACCAGUCUAUGUGACGAUUUCCUUUCCCUUUAAUGUGGAGAUCUGCAGGAUUAUCAUAGACCUCCCAACUGGGGGAGGGCAGAACGGAACUGGCCUGGAAAUGUACACAUCUGCUUCACCUAGCAGAGCAUCCUGGAGUGCACCUGAGUGCCAAACCGCAGGCCCAGCUGAGCCAUCUGUCCCGGACAAGGAGGUCUUCACCUUGGUAGGCAAAGUCUUACUAAAAAACCAGAGCCAGGUGGUGUUUAGUCACAGGGGCUUCAAGGCCAGGCCACCUUUUGGCCCAGUGGAAAUCACGUGUCCUUCCCCUGCUGUUGUGACCCAGGAGCUUUGGAAUAAAGGGGCUCUUUCUCUUAGCCAUGUAGCUCACCUCAAGAUUUGUAUCACACAUGUGAUAGGCAGCGGUGUCCCUUGCAUCAAGCAGUUGGAAGUGUGGGGUCAGCCAGCCAAGACCUGCUCUCAGGAACUGAUAGACAGCAUUCUGCUGGUCGCCUCAGAGAGUCUGCCUCAGGGCUCAGCUCUGCAGGCCCCAGCCUUGCCCAUGGAAAGUGACUGUGAUCCCGGUGACAAGUCCGAGGGUCAGCAGGCCCCCUCUGGCCUUCAGGAGCUGGCCAAGGUAAUUCAGGAUGUGCCUGAGGAGUUCCUGGAUCCUAUCACCCUGGAGAUCAUGCCUUGUCCCAUGCUGCUGCCUUCAGGCAAGGUCAUUGACCAGAGCACGCUGGAGAAGUGUAACUGCAGUGAAGCUGCAUGGGGCCGAGUGCCCAGUGACCCUUUCACAGGGGUAGCCUUUACUCCACACUCCCAGCCCCUGCCUCACCCCUCCCUGAAAGCCCGGAUCGACCACUUCCUGCUCCAGCACUCUGUCCCUGGCUGCCGCUUGCUUGGGAGAGCACAGCCUGCAUUGGCAGUGACUCCUUCUUCCAUCGCUCUGCCCUCUCGGAAAAGGAAGAUAGAACAAGCUGAACAAGCCUUGGACAGUAGCCUUGGUGUAAAUCCUUCAUGUUUUCCUACUGAAAGCCCUCUGGUCUCACCCACUACCUCAGAGCACAGUGCUAAGAAAAUGAAAGCCACCAGUGAGCUCAGCCUGACACACAUGGACUGCUCAGCAGAUCCAGUGUCCCAUGAGCAAAAGCUGUCACAAAGCUUGGAAAUUGCCUUGACGUCCACCCUUGGCUCCUUGCCUUCCUUCACAGCUCGGCUGACCAGAGGACAGCUCCAACACCCUGGCACAAGAGGGAGCAGCACUUCCUGGAGGCCUGGCGCUGGCUCAGAGCAGCCUGGGAGCAUCUCGGGCCCCGAAUGUGCCUCCUGCAGGAGAAUCUUUUCCCCCUACUGCAAAAAGGAGCCGGUGUACCAGCUUCCCUGCGGCCACCUCCUGUGCCGCCCCUGCCUGGGUGAGAAGCAGCGCGCCCUGCCCAUGACGUGCACAGCCUGCCAGCAGCCAGUUGCCAGCCAGGACAUGCUGCGGGUCCACUUCUGAGUGACCAGCCCCCGCUGGAGAAGACCAGGGCUGGCAAGAGCAGCGGGUGGCAGGAGCCAGGUCUCAGCUCCCCUGAGGUGUGGCCAGGUCCCAGGCACACAGCUGCCUUCUCUUUUCCAGGGGGCUUUCCUUUGUCACCUCACAGUGUAGCA